AUCCGAUCUUGGCCACGUGACUUCAGGUAUUCUCCAAAUCUUUGGCUCGGGCGCCAGUCGAUCUCUAACCACAAAUUAUUGCUCGUCCAAGACAGCAUCGAAGCGCAACCGAAACUCGAGAGACUUGCUGCACUUACAACAUGAGGUGACCUGUAAUAUCUGACACCAUCUUGCGCUCUUCCUUGACGCUCACCACGCGGAGUCUAUACUCCUCGACAUGGCCUGCACCAGUCUACACAACUCCCUCCGCCAGCUCGUGCGCGAUGCAGGCCGCUCACGAGAAAUCCCAUCCUUCCUAAUUCCAGCAAUCUCUCAACCACGACAAACCAGACACAAUGCUACGCUCGCUACUGCUGCGCCGCAGUCCCGAAUUGGUCGAUCUCCCAUCACUGUACCUCCCGAAGUCUCGCUGCGAUUUUACGACCUACCCAAGACGAAUUCGCGGAGUAGGAACCCAGACACUGCAUCUACGGUCGUCGAGGUGACCGGUCCUUUAGGAAAACUGACUGUACCAUUACCACCAUACCUCAGGACAGAACUCGAUGAAGCUGCGAAUAAGAUUAAUCUCAACGUCAACGAUGCAUCAGAACAGCAUCAGCGCUCGAUGUGGGGGACAAUGCGCGCCCUUAUACAAAAUACCGUUUCCGGUGUGUCGGAAGGCCAUCUUUGCAUUAUCCGAAUGGUGGGAGUCGGUUACCGUGCAACGAUUGAAGAUACAGCCAUUACGAAAAAGCCGGCCUACCCUGGCCAAAGAUUUGUCAACUUGAAAUUGGGUUACGCACAUCCCAUCGAAAUGCCGAUACCACAGGGCGUCAAGGCAAGCGUGCCGCAACCGACGAGAAUCCUGCUGGAAGGUUGUGAUAAGCAGGUCAUCAAGCAAUUUGCGGCAGAGAUCCGCGUAUGGCGGAAGCCAGAACCGUACAAGGGAAAGGGUAUAUUUGUCGACGGUGAGACGAUACGGCUGAAGGCGAAGAAGAUCAAAUAGAGCGAGC